AUCAUUAUUCAAAUGGGUUUUGUGAGUCUCUGUGACAUCAUUUCUGUCUUGUAAUACAGUUUUUCACGAGGUUGUGUCAGAUUUUUCUUUUCAAAACACAAAAAUAAAAAAUAAAAAAUCCGAUCUUACCUGCUUAUUUUAAGGUUUUUUGAUGCUUUAUUUUUGGUGUCUAAUGGUUUUUGCUCCAUACUGUUCUCUUUCACUUCUCUGCCUGCAACCUGUAAAGAUUCUACAGAUCUUGCAGUUCUCUUCUGAAUAAACCCUCCCACUUGUGUCCUUUUUCUUGGUCUCAUAACAACAGAUGUUUUGUUUCUCACUCUAAAACAGUAACCAUCACCUGACUGUUUUUUGUUUCAUUGCUUGACAUUUUCUUAUGUGGCUAGCUCCUUCUUUACUUUCUCCUCCUAAAUAAAUUCCAUUUGGGUUGUUGAUUGGUGAAAUACAAAGAGCUUUCCACAUUUGUGAUAUUGAUUUUGUUCUCUCUUUAGCAUUGUGCAGCCCUUGGUGUUCUGAUCUGCCAAUUCAAAGUCAAUAGAGAGAAACAGAGAACCAGAGAGAUGGGUAAAGCUACAAGGUGGUUGAAAGGCUUGCUGGGUAUCAAGAAAGAGAAGGAGAAAGACAAUUUUGACUCUUCGAGUUCAGUUUCUAGCGACAAGAAAGAGAGGAAAAGAUGGAGUUUUGGCAAGUCAGGGUCUUCAAGUGGGAGGGAUUGGACUGUAAUUCCACAAAAGCAGGCAAGAGAUGCAGCCUGGAUCAGAUCCUACACUUCUGAAACAGAGAAAGAGCAGAACAAGCACGCAAUAGCGGUUGCUGCAGCCACCGCCGCCGCCGCUGAUGCUGCUGUUGCCGCAGCACAGGCGGCGGUUGCUGUGGUGAGGCUUACAAGUCAGGGGAGAGGGAGUUUGUUUGGUGGAGGCAGAGAGAGGUGGGCUGCACUGAAAAUACAGACAAUAUUUAGGGGCUUUUUGGCGCGGAAGGCUCUUCGAGCUCUAAAGGGAUUGGUUAAGUUGCAGGCUCUUGUUAGAGGAUAUCUUGUCCGGAAGCAAGCUACUGCAACUCUUCGUAGUAUGCAGGCUCUUAUUAGAGCUCAAACAGCUGUUCGAACACAGCGUGCACGUCGUUCUUUCAAUAAAGAGAAUAGGUUUCACUCAGAAAACCGAGCCCGAAAAUCUGUUGAGAGAUUUGAGGAUACCAGAAGCGAAUUUCACACCAAGAGGCUCUAUACAUCUCUUGAUAUAAACACAUUUGGUGAAAGCCCUAAAAUCGUCGAAAUCGAUACCUACAAGCCGAGAUCAGUUUCCCAUCGAAUCAGCACUGCAUUCUCAGAAUGUGGUGAAGAGCUGCUGUAUUCAUCGCCUCUACCUUGUCAGAUUCCAAUCAGAAUUGCAAUCCCUGAUUGCGAAAAAUAUCAAGGUUUUGAUUGGUAUUUCAAUGGUGAUGAAUGUAGGUUCUCUACUGCCCAAAGUACUCCCAGGUUUCCAAACUCAAUAAUCCGGUCCAACGCUCCGGCCACACCAGCCAAGAGUGUCUGUGGAUACAGCUAUUUUAGGCCUUAUACCAACCACCCCAACUAUAUGGCUAACACCAAGUCUUUCAAAGCCAAACUGAGAUCUCACAGUGCUCCAAAGCAAAGACCAGAGCCCGUCCCGAAGAAGAAGCUCUCCCUCGACGAAAUAAUGGCGUCAAGAAAUAGCACUAGCGGAAUUAGAAUGCAGCGAUCGUUCACACAAGUCGAAGAAACUCUUGAAUCCUGAGAACUCUGGUUUUAGUUUCCACAGUGUUGACAAACUAAUAGGACUGAAGAAUCACCAUCUUCUUCUGCUUCUGUAAAUCUUCAUUAACAGUUAUAAUUCAAUCAUGGUUUCUGAUCUUUCAA